AUGCAUAUCCUGUAUCCUAACUCUGGGUGCCGGGACCUUCCAGGGACCAGAGAGGAUGACGAUGAUGAUGCUGAUGACUAUGAGAACAUGGCGCCAUCCUACAAGGACCUUCCUCCCAAGCCAGGUUCAGUGGUUCCACCAAGGCCUCCAAAGGCAGGAAUAAAAGCAGAAACUCACCCACUUUCCAGCAAGCCCCUGACAACCACAGGCCUGGACCUCACCCCUGUCACCAGCACAUCUCAACUGGGAAUUUCUCUCGAGCUUCCUCCACUCCAGCCAUCCCAAGCCAGUUCAAGGAUCCUUUCCCCACACUCUCAAGCACCAGUAUUGGACUCUCUGUCCUCAUUCUCACCCUCAGCAACUCCAGUGCCCUGGGUCAGUCAGAAAUCUGGGGGUCCUGGGUGCUACCAGGAGGAGAGGUGGCUGGUUUUCCUGUGUCUUCUGGUGGUGGUGUCACUGUUCCUGGGCUGCACUGGUCUGGCUGUAACCCUGAUUAAGUACCAGGCGGUGGUGGAAGAACUGAAGAUGUUAACCUUUCAGCAGAUGGCGUGGCAAGCAAAUGUGACGGGCAUGUCCGGGCUUGCUGGCCUGAAGAAGGACAUUGACCGAGUAAGAGGUGACACCAACCAGUCUCUGAUGGAACUUCGGGGCUUAUUAGGCUGUGCCAGGGUCACCUGCCCUGAGGGCUGGCUCCCUUUCGAGGGCAAGUGUUACUACUUCUCCCCAAACACCAAGCCAUGGGAUGAAGCCCGAAAGUUCUGCCAAGAGAAUUACUCCCACUUGGUCAUCAUCAGUAGCAUCGAUGAGCAGAACUUUGUGGUCAAGGCUCACCGCUCUCCACGGGUGCACUGGCUGGGGCUGAGCGACAGGGAACACGAAGGGGACUGGAAGUGGCUGGAUGGGUCGCCUGUCACUUUGAGCUUCUGGGAACCAGAGGAACCUAACAACAUGAAUAAUGAGGACUGUGUCAGCAUGAACAAACAUGGCAGCUGGAAUGACCUCUCCUGCAACAAAGCUACGUAUUGGAUUUGUGAGCGGAAAUGCUCCUGUUGAACCCCAGGGAUGAGACUGGGUGGGGGUCCACAUCUGAGCGCCCCUUGACUCUUGGAGAUGAGAAGUUCCUGCCCUUCCUGCCUCUCUAGGAACUGAUUUGGAUGCACCCAAGGCGAACCAGCAGCUUGGAUGUAGCAAGUUCCCUGGGGUGUAAGACAGACAAUUUCUAGGGUGAGGACUCAGGGGCUUGAUCAAUUGGAUGGAGUCUGAGUGUGUUCAGACUACUAUAACAGAAUACCACAGACUGGAUGGCUUAUAAA